AUGGCUUCCAAGUUCAUCGGUUGUGCCCAAGCAUAUCUCAACAAGUUUGUUGCUCUCCAAAAGCCCAUCAUCUACAACACCAAGGUUGCUGUUGAGGUAGCCAAGCAAGUCUAUACCAAGGAAGGUAUGGCUUUCCCUACCGGCGCACAAUUCAGCGAAGCUCAACAAACUCUCCAAAACACCUUAAAAAUCAAGAACCUCAAGAGCUUGACCUUUUCUCAAGUUGCAAAGGGUGGUGUUGUCCUUGCUGAAAUUUAUACCUUUUUCCUCAUUGGUGAAAUUGUUGGUCGUAGAAACUUGAUCGGUUAUAAUGUCAAGUCUGAAGAAGCUGCUCAUCACGAACACUAA